AUGGUGAAUGUCUUGUCUAAAGUGUUGGUGUUUGAGAUAACUGUGUUUGCCUUCAGCAAUAAAAAGACAGGCCAUUACACCCUGGAGGGGAGAAUGUUUCUGCAAAAGAGGAGACUUGAGUUUUCUUACUUCCUUGUGCAAAAACUCGUGAGGAAAUCCUAUGUUACCCACAUUAAGAUCCAGAACAAUGGGGAGUUCUACGACCUGUAUGGGGGUGAGAAGUUCGCCACCCUGGCAGAGUUGGUGCAGUAUUAUAUGGAGAAUCAGGGACAGUUAAAAGAGAGAAAUGGGGAGGUCAUACAGUCUAAACAUCCCUCAAACUCAGAGGACCCCACCACUGAAAGAUGGUUCCAUGGUAGUAUAUCUGGGAAAGAAGCAGAGAAGGUGCUGAUGGAGAAAGGAAAGAACGGUAGCUACUUAGUGAGGGAGAGCCAGAGUAAACCGGGGGAUUUUGUCUUGAUGAAACUUAUGAUGGAGGGGGUGAAGAAAUUCAAAAGCCUGACAGAUCUUGUGGAGCAUUACAAAAAGAACCCCAUGGUGGAAAAACUGGGAACUGUGGUUCAUUUAAAAAUGCCUUUCAAUGCCACAAGAAUAUCUGCAUCAGGAUUAGAAAACCGAGUCCGGCAGCUAGAGAAGGAAAAGGACAGUACAAACAAUAAAAGUAAAGGAGGCUUCUGGGAUGAGUUCGAGCAAUUACAACAGAUGGAAGUGCGCCAUUUAUACAGCAGGAAGGAGGGACAGAGGAUAGAAAACAAACCCAGAAACAGAUACAAAAACAUCUUGCCAUUUGAUCACACAAGGGUUGUCUUAAAGGAUGGAGACCCAAAUGUCAUAGGAUCUGAUUACAUUAAUGCCAACUUCAUCACAGUAAGGCUAAAAUGAGUUAAAGAAUAAAAC